AUGUAUAGAUUUAGUGUAUUAGUAUUAUUCUUUUGUUUAGUAUCAGUCUUUUCAACUGUAUAUUCCACCCCUGUCGUUCCAUAUGGAGGAUACCCACUUUAUAAACAAUGUGACUCUAGAUGGGCAAAUAAUGAAAUGAUUGGUACUACUAUUUGUCAAGUUGGUUGUUUAAUGUCAUCGAUUUCAAUGUCAUUGGCAGGCAAGGGAGUAUUGAUUGAUGGUCAGUUAUCGACACCAGCAUCACUCAAUCAAUGGUUGUUGGGUAACCAAGGAUACAACUCUAACAGCGAUUUGAUCGAGAGUCAAAUCCCACUCAUUUCACCACUCAACGUUGAUUGGGUAGGUCCACUCUACAACGGCACCGAUUUCACAAUGUCAGAGGUUGCCACAAUGCUCGCCGAACAAGACAUUAUCGUCAUUCUCAAUGUUGACAAUGGUGGUCAUUUUGUACUCGCCACUGGUACCGACAGUGACCCAUCACUCGCCACUACCAUCUAUGUCAACGAUCCAGGUUUCCAAAGAGUAUCUUAUGAUUAUACUCAAGUUGUUGGUUAUAGAAAUGAAUCAAAAAUAGAGUUUUGUAUCAGAGAGUAUGAUAGAAAUAUGGAUCAAAUUGAUAUAAUAUAUUUAUUUAUUUGGAUGGAUAUAAAUGUUAGAAGAAACAUAGCAGAUUUAAUCAAUGAUGCUACUAAAACGGGUAGUCUAGAUCUUUCAAAAGAACAUGCAACAGCAAUCAAACUAUUGGUUAAACCUUCAAACCUAUUUGUUAAAUGUGCUUAUGAUCUAUUGAUUGAAAAGUUAAAAUAUAAACAUUGUCAAGUUAGAUUAUCAUCAUUAAAUAUGAUAAAUGAAUUAUUUUUAAGAUCAAAAUAUUUUAGAGAAUUGAUAUGUAAUGAAUUAUCGAUGGUGUUUGAGUAUGCUAUUGGUACCGAUGCAACUAAGCAUUUACCUCCACCUGCUCAAACUGCCAUCUACAUGAAACAAAAGGCACUGGAAUACGUAGAGAAAUGGAAUGAAUCUUUUGGUGAACAUUACUCUCAUCUUCGUGUUGGUUACAAUUAUCUAAAAAAUAGUUUAAAAUUAAAGUUUCCUGAAAGAAUUGAAACUUUAAAUCAAAGAGAAAUUCAAGAACAAGAAAGAAAAAGAAAAACACAACAAUUAUUAAAAAUUAAAUAUAAUCAAUUAGUUCAAGAAUUUCAACCAGUUUUAAAGAAACUACAAGAUUUAUUGGAUCAAAUUGAAAAAUCUUUAACUAGUAUUAUCCCAAGUACAAAUAAUUUUGAUGAUUUAUUUGAUAAUCAGGAAGAGGAAAAAGAAGAAGAUGAUGAUGAUUUGGAUGAAACCGAGAUGACCUCUACGACAAGUACUACAAGUACAACAAAUAAUAAUAAUAAUAAUAAUAAUAGACAUGAAGAUAUAAAUGAUAUUUUAAGACAAGGUGGUUUUGGUAGUACAUCAUAUUCAAUUGAAGUAACAUUGGAUACAAAUGAAGUAAAUGAUAUUGUUAAUAAUCAAGAAAUUGAUUUAAAUUUAAAAGAAAAGAUUGGUAAAGAUUUGGCAGAAGUUGAUAAACAACAAAAUCUAAUUAUUAAUGAUUGGUAUAAUACUUUGAUAAAGUAUGAUGUACCAAGAGAGGAGACACAGGCAUAUAGAAAUUAUCUAAGAAGAGUGAUUGAUAUUCAAGCAAACAUUAAUAAUAUUCAAUCAAGAUGUAAUGAUAUGAAGAUUACUCCUAUUUAUCCUGAUCCUCCGAGAAAGGAAAAAGAAAAUGAUGAUGGAGAAAUGUAUGAUGAUGAUGGAAAUUUAAUUGAAAUGGAAAUGUAUCAACCAGGUGAUAAUAAUCAAGAAGAACAAGAUGAAGAAGAAGAGUCAUUGGUAGAAUAUCAAAAUGAAUCAAAUACUUCUUUUGAUUCAACAUCAUCACCAAUGAAAUAUCAUAAACAUUAUUAUGGAGUUGAUAUUGAACCACCAAAAUUGGAGGAUUUACCAGAUGGAGAAACGAUUGAUGAUUUGUAUGCACGUGCACCAGUAGUUCAAACACAUCCAAUGUUGAUGCAUUGGGGUAAAAAAGAGGUUAGUCUGCACAAGGGUUUGGAGAUUGAACAUCGGUUCCUUGGAGAAUCCAAUAUAGAACCAACCAUCUCUAUUCAACAUUUCUCGUCACUCAAUCAAAUGUCUACAGUCUAUGAACCACCAACACAAAUACAUCGACAGUGUAAACAUCAACUUGCAAAAGGUGGUGGAUUGUGUCCAAGACGGGAUCUUCGUAUUUGUCCAUUCCACGGUCUCAUUGUCGAUCGUGAUGACGAGGGGUAUCCAACCGAGGAAUUUGUUCAAGAUCCAGAUUGGUUGAAAAUGAUUGAAUUGGAAAAAGAAGAAAAGAAAAAAAGAAAAAUGAGAAAAGAACGAGUCAUCAAAUCAAAUAGUAAUAAUCUUGUCAAUAUUAAUUUAGAUCCAGUUCAAGAUAGAAUUGGUCAAGUAUUUAAAAAUAAGAAAAUGAAAAAAUAA